CACAUCCCAGGUUUCUCCACGCUGUCUUUGGCAGACCAGAUGAGUCUACUGCAGAGUGCAUGGAUGGAGAUCUUGAUUUUGCGUGUUGUGUAUCGCUCACUCUCCUUUGAAGACAAACUGGUGUACGCUGAGGACUACAUAAUGGACGAGGACCAGUCAAAACUAGCUGGCCUUCUGGACCUGAACAACACUAUUCUUCAGCUGGUCAAGAAGUAUAAGUCUAUGAAGCUGGAGAAGGAAGAAUUCGUCACUCUCAAGGCUAUUGCGCUGGCUAACUCAGACUCCAUGCACAUUGAGGAUGUGGAUGCAGUACAGAAGCUCCAGGAUGUGCUCCAUGAGGCCCUGCAGGACUAUGAGGCUUCCCAACACCAGGAGGAUCCCCGCCGGGCUGGCAAGCUGCUUAUGACUCUCCCCUUACUCCGUCAGACCUCCACCAAGGCUGUGCAGCAUUUCUACAGCAUCAAGCAGGAUGGGAAGGUCCCAAUGCACAAACUCUUCUUGGAGCUGCUGGAAGCCAAGGUCUGAGGGCGGGGACUGGAACGAAGGACAGAUAGAGGCCAGUCUGAGUGACUUGAGCUACAUGUCAAACUUUGAUCAACAACUUCGAAUGACCUCUUGUUCUUUUACAUGCAGAUUCUCCUAUACUUGCAUACACAGACGUGCAAACACACACAGAUAUGUUCUUAAAAGUUGUUGGCUGACACAUCCCCUACAGAAUCGAUCAAAACCAUAUACCUGAGCCCUACAGCACUAGUUGUUGACUAAGGAGCGUUCACUGGAACCUUUUUUGAUGAAGACAGGGACAGGAGGACUCAACCCUACAAAUGGCCAAUGAAAGACAACAGGUCAGAACAGGUACUUCAUGGCAGUUAUACAACAAUUACCAGAUUAUUCAGAUUGUGACAAAACACUUAUGCAUCAAAUAACUCUUAAAAUGUUAAUGAAAGACAACUGAGGGAACAUAAUAGACAAUAAAACUCUCCACAUUACUUCUGAAAGACUCUCAGACUAUACCCAUAUUUUCUUUCCACAAUUCCAUUCGGUAUAAAAUAAUUUUUUAAAGUUCAACACGAACUGAGUGGGGAAAAAAUCAAUACAAAGAAAAUACUGACAUUGGUUUUAGGUGUACAUGUACAGAGAAGUUUGGAUGGAUGGACUGAAAGAAAAGAAGAGGAUAUUUGCCCUGCCAAAGAAUGGAACCACCCAUUCAGAGGAUGCCAUCAAACGUUACAGUUAUAACCCCAAUCUGUUCUGGUUUUAGGUGGUUUCCAAUCCUGGACCUAAAAAAAAAAAAAGAAAGGUUGCCCUCCGCUUGUCAGUUUUUCUUACGGUUGUUGCUGGGUUAGAGCACCUAGGACCAGGAAUGGAAACAAACACUUUAAACAUUUUCUGGUUCUCUGGUUUUCCAUGACUCCCUUUUUUCAAUAGCACCUGAGUAGCUUCUGCUUCAUGAAGACAAUUGAUUCUAGUCAACCAAAAUUGUCAGCUGUGUUUGCAUCGUUGAUGAAACUAGGAACGAUUUUUU